CUAGCCGGGUCUCUCUAGCUUCCCUAUCCCCACCUGAAACCCCGCCUGCCACUCCGCUCCAGAAGAGCCAAUAGACAUCUAAUCUGCUCGGGAUGGGGCGGGGCUUAUGCAAAUCGUGUCGCCCUCGAGAGGCACAUAGUGAUACAGACCUGGGAGGCGGCUCCGGCGCGGACCCUGGAGAGCCCAGCCCACGAGCCAGCCUCGAUCCCCGCGGCCCGCCGAGGCUCAGAGCCAUCCAGCGAUUCGGCGAGUGGCCUCAGGCGGCAGCAUCUGGAGGGCCUGCCCCUGGACAGGGGACCACCGCCUCAGUCUAGGCCCCAUCCGGCCAGGGAAAGAGAAGAGCUGCCUCCUUACCCCCAGCUCAGGCCCCGCCAUGGGGAAGACCAACAGCAAGCUGGCCCCCGAGGUGCUGGAGGACCUGGUUCAGAACACGGAGUUCAGCGAGCAGGAGCUGAAGCACUGGUACAAGGGCUUCCUGAAGGACUGCCCCAGCGGCAUCCUCAACCUCGAGGAGUUCCAGCAGCUGUACAUCAAGUUCUUCCCCUACGGCGACGCCUCCAAGUUCGCGCAGCACGCCUUCCGCACCUUCGACAAGAACGGCGACGGCACCAUAGACUUCCGAGAGUUCAUCUGCGCCCUUUCGGUCACCUCCCGCGGCAGCUUCGAGCAGAAACUCAACUGGGCCUUUGAGAUGUACGAUCUGGACGGCGACGGCCGCAUCACGCGUCUGGAGAUGCUGGAAAUCAUCGAGGCUAUCUACAAGAUGGUGGGCACUGUGAUCAUGAUGCGUAUGAACCAGGAUGGGCUCACACCCCAGCAGCGUGUGGACAAGAUCUUCAAGAAGAUGGACCAGGAUAAGGAUGACCAGAUUACGCUGGAGGAGUUCAAGGAGGCAGCCAAGAGUGACCCAUCCAUUGUGUUGCUGCUGCAGUGUGACAUGCAGAAGUAGAGGCUGGUGAGAGGCAUGGCCCCUGGGCAGGAUGGGCAUGGCCACCUCUCAACCUGAUGACCUCUCUGGCUGACCUUGCCCAGGGGACAGGCACUCCAGCCUCAGUCUCUGGUGUACCUACUCCUCUGCCUAAGCCCUUCCUCCUGUCAGUCAAGAUCCUUGGGGGACCACCUUACCCUGCAAGAGAGGCAGGUCCUCUGAUAUCCUGUCGUUUAGCCCCAACCCCAGUCUUGGUCCAGAAUCAACAUCCAUUGGGCAGGGGGGAGUUGGCUUUUGCCCUAAGAGGCAGGGUUAAGGAGGAGGACUGGGGUCCUGCUUUGAAAUUCUGUUGUUCCUGGGGACAUGAUUUAUGGCAUGUGGUCCCACAGGCCCAUCAUGAGGCCAGAUGGAGUCUGUCCUUUCUAGAGGACCCAGAUCCUUUAAAGGUGGUCUCUGUCCUGUCCCCUCUCGACUCUACUUGGUCCCUCUGGCCCCAGCCUUUGGAACAUUCAUCGUCCUUUUUUCAGCUAAUGUUUAUUGAGCACUUGUUCAAUGCCAGGCAUCUCUAAGUGCCAAGGAUAUGGGAGUUUACAAGACACAGUCCAUGCCCAUUGAAAGCACAUAGGGUAGUGAGCCAGACUUCCAGUGGUCAGGGUCCCAGGCUGGGAUGUCAAGCAUAGCUGAGCAGACAGAGGGUGCUGUGAGGGCUGCUUAGUUUGGGAGGAGCUAUUGCAUCUUCCAGCUGAGCUCCACACAAGGCUGCAGAAGGAUGAAAUGAGAAGCAUUUGGAUAUUUCAGAGCCAUGUGAGUGGAAGUCUUAAGAAAAAUAGAAUUUAUGUAAUACUUAUUUUUUUAGAACCUUUGGAAAGAGCUAAAGUCAUCUUAUCAGUUUAGGAUGUUAAAAUGUACUUUAUAUUACUUGUUUUCUUAUAAAAUGAUCAAAUGAGUAGAGAAAAAUGCUAAUUAUCAGGGGAAAAGAGUUGAGACCAAAAGAGGGUAAAUACCCAUCAAACUUACCAGAUAACAAGUUUUCUUAUUAGGCUAAGUCACCAUCAGCAGGGGUUUGUUUGUUUGUUUGUUUGUUUUUUUGCUGCUUUUGCUGCUUCCUUUUUUCAAUUCAACAAGCAACUCUGUUGCACGCUUACUCUGGUUGGGUUGUGACUUCAGAGACAAAAAAUAAGAUUUGCCAAGGGUGAGACAAGUGUAUGUCCCACAUCUUGAUAGUUCAUUUCUAGAUUUGGUGUAGUUUCAGGGAUGAGUAUGUUCUUUCAUUGGUACCAAAGCAGAAGGAGAUGGAAGAAAAGCACCUCCCAGCCACUGUGUAGGCACCCAGGCUACAUUUAUGGACCAAAUGCCUAAAACUGUGUUAGACAUGCUCCAUUUGAAAGGUUUUUUCUAACUCUAGAUCCUAGACCAGCCAGGUAACUCAUCAUCUCCCAAGUGCACUGGCUCUGUUUUCCAAUGCCUGUGUUCCAAUUUUGGAUCCGUGAGCUAUACAGCUGCAUGCUUUGACUGCCAGAAAAAUCAAUCUUGCUUCUUCAUCAAGUCUUUUGCUACUUUCGCCUGUACUUGUGAUCAGAAAUGAGCUUUGACGUGCAGUGAUGGUUGAUUUCCUCUUGAACUGCUGGUGAAAACAGGCUGGGGUAAGAGAAAGGAAUGAUUGCUGAGCCCAAGGUGGGGGAAUUGCAUCUGCAAGAAAGAGAUGCAGCAUGCCCCUCAUUUCUGGGGGCUCACCUGUCCUGCCUCUCUAGGUGGAAACUUUUGGGGAUCCUGACCUUUAGUCUCAAGCUCUAUUGGGCCCUUAGAGGUAGCAAGCCCUCUGAGUUGCCACUCUUUUUCUAUCCUCCUGCUAUGACCAGCCAUGUGACAGGCUGGGGAAUUCACAUCACAUUCCAGUAACUAGGAGAUAUUUAUCCAAUAUUGCCUCAAAAGAUGUCCCAUUGCUCUCAGGGGUAGAUAAUAGCUAUCUUGUGCUGUUGGUCAGCACCAUAGACACACAUAUGCUCAACAACCUGGCUCAGCUGGGACCCGAAUCUUCCAGUGGAAGGCUUUUCACUAAGUUCCUUCCCCCUAGAUGUUCUAUCUAUCUAACUCACAAUCCCACAGAAUUUCAUGGCUUUCAAAGGCUUGCCAUUUACCCCAUCUUAUUUGAUCCUCUAACCCAAGGAGGUAGAGAUUUUCAUUGUUUUUCUCCAGACUUGGAGGCUAAGGUUCAGAGGUGGGGAAACUUGUGCAAGAGCACAAUGCCAAGACUUGAACCCAAGGCUCUAAGGGGAUUUCUUCCCUCCAGAGUCUCUUCCCUGCCCAUUUCAGUUGUGUAGAGGCUGACUGUGGGGCAAACUAAGUUGAUUUUCAUCUUUUAUAAGCUUCUUGCUAACAUGUUUUUGAAGUUGUGGUCUUCCAAAAAGGAAUAGGAACUCGGUUGGAGUCCUCUAUUUCCAAGGAUCCUAUUUUCUGCUUCUGGGUGGCUCUGCUAACAGAAUAAUGCUAUCUUGGGAGGCCUCUGAGUCAGAAGCCUGGAAGCAUCCUGCAUUGUUUUCGCCACCAUUUUCCUCCCUGAGAGAACUAUUUUUGUUUUUCCCAAGCUGACAAGCAAGUCCUACCCAGGAGGGUAUGUUUGAUUGCUCUGAAGUUCUGGACACAUAUUCAUGGGUGAUAUUUUCUGCUCAGACACAGUAUUCUUAGAUAGCCCAGCAGUGUGAAAACAAUGCCAGUCCAGGAACUGGGACCACCAUUUUGUUGAUGGGAGAAGCCACAGGCAGGCCAAGCCUUGCUCCCACAUGCUCCUGACUGUCCUAGGGACUGUGUGCCUAGGAGUCUUUGUGGUAGAGCAACUGGCCCUGCCUUGAGAAGAAAGGCAGGCCUCCCAUCCCUACCCUAGCUGAGAGGGAUUUGCCAAAAACACAAGGUUAAAAGGGAUUUAUAUAUGACUUGCACAGAAACAAAAAUAUGCAGACAAUGAAAACAUUGACAUCCUCAAACUCCCCUUUGAAAUUUUAUAUCUCCUUACAACCUCUCUGUGAAUUGCAAAGUCCCAGAAUCUGCCUUCUUACAUAUUCUGCCCUCAUUCAUCCUUUUGGGCUAGUUGAUGAGCUCUUUAUAUCUUAUGCUAAAAAUCAUUGCCACUGUAGUCCUUUGAGCUCUAGUCAGGGUUAUUUAACUGAUCUUUAAAUUAAAAGCUAAGAAAAAGCAAGUUCAUAAGCAAAGGUACUAAAUCUUUUCGUUUCCUGACCACAAUGGCAGUCCAUAGAGGUACCAAUUCAUCCUGCUUGGGGCAGGGUGGGGGAUAAGUGGGGAGAAAAAAAAGAAAGAGAAUAAAAGAAGAAGCUGAGGUUUCUAGGCAGGGUAGUAAGCUGACACUGUAAAUAUUUUUACACAAAAAUUUAUUAAAGCAACAAAUACUUCCUGAAGACCCACCCUGGGUGAGGCUUUGUGCUGACUUUAGAGAUCACUUUGGGGGCAAGAAUGCAUUUCCUACAUAUUUAUUCAUCAUUCUUGAAAAAGUAAUUCAAAUCCUGCAAUUUAAGUUUCAGAAAUAUGUGGAAUUUUCUUUCUGAAAUUUUCAGGAUUUUCUUUUUGCCUUUGCCAGUUUCGGGGGCAGGACUGGGCCUCCCAGAGUGUAUAAACCUUCCUGCUUGGUGCAGGCUGGGCAAGCCCAAGGCCUUCUAAGCAGCAGGGAUGAAGAGGCCUGGGGAAGCAGGAGGGCUGAUGGCAGGGGAGAGAGGCCUACCACCUCUCCAUGGGUGCUCCAGUGUAGCCCGUGUCCCCUCCAGAUGUGCUGCUUCUGACAGUGCCCACAGUGACUGUCCUCACUGGCCAAUCCUGUGCUGUGUGGUGUGUUUUUUCCUCAGUGACAAUGAAUAAAAGGUGUGACUGUG